AUGGGACUACCAAAUAUAUUGACCUUUGAUAAUGCGAAAAACUUUUCUAGUUUGGAGCUUCAGGAUUAUUGCGUGGACAACGCUAUAAGACUAACUCAUACUACUUCCUAUUGGCCAAGUGCAAACGGGGAAGUUGAGCGUCAGAACAGGUCUUUCCUCAAAGUGAUCAAAAUAAGUAAACACCAAGGCAGAGACUGGAAAGAAGCUCUCCAGGAAUAUUUAUACAUGUACUCUCUAACACCGCAUUCCAUAAUAGGAGAAGCGCCCGCGCAAUUGAUGUUUGGUAGGAGAUUUCGGGACGUGAUCCCGCAUUUUCAGCCUGAUGCCAAUGACGACGAACAACUGCGAGAUCGAGAUAUGGUGUGUAAAUAUCAGGCCAAAACAGUGAGAGACAAGAAAAUCGGGGCAAAAGAGUCACCAGUAGUAGUCGGAGACGAAGUGUUGAUGAAAAACUUGAUUCCACAGAACAAGGUGUCCACAGGAUUUCUUCCGAGUCCAGCAACAGUGGUCGGGCGUUAUGGAAACAGUGUGACACUUCAAACAGAAAAUGGGCAAAUCGUCAAGCGGAACACAUCCCAUGUAAAGAACCUGUUACGUCCGCUAUCCAAUGAACAAUUGCGACGAGACAGCUAG